AUGAAGUUAUCAUCACUAUGGUCCAAUGCUGUUUUAAUCAAUGUGGCCUUUGCUUUGUAUUCCGAAACUGCCUUCAUAUCAACACACAAACUUCACAUAGACUGUAAACCAUAUCUGAAUUAUAUUGACAUGUGUACCAAAGAGUAUUAUCCUAUGUGUGCAACUAAUGGAAAAACUUAUUGCAAUAAAUGUGUUUUCUGCAAGGCACUGAAACUUGACAAAAUGUCUUCCUCAUUAAUAUGGAUCAAAACCAUUUUCAUCCUGGCCUUGGUGGUUCCCCUUUAUUAUGAAACCACUUUUGCAUUUUCCAAAGAAGUUCAUCGUAAGCCGGACUGUGACAAGUACAAGACAUUCCCAAAUAAGUGUACCAGGGAAAGGUAUCCAGUCUGUGGGACCGACGGACACACUUACAGCAACGAAUGUGUUUUCUGCAACGCAAAACUAUCUGCUAAAGAAAAACUUGAUUAUCAGCAUCAUGGUCCUUGCUGA